AGAAUGAUUUCCUGGUUUGGUUUGUUUAGCUGUGUCGACCAUGGCCGCGGAAGGCGAUUUUCUGGCGAGAUACAGAGCUGUGUCAAAUAAAUUGAAGAAACGUUUUCUCCGGAAGCCAAAUGUAGCUGAAGCCAGUGAGCAGUUUGGUCAGCUGGCGAAGGAGCUGAAGCAGCAGGACUGUCUUCAGUAUGCCGCCUUCUGUAACCUGGCCAUGGCUCGGUGCGAGCAGACCCUGUUUAAUGCUCCUGGAGAAGCACUGGCCUUAACUGACGCUGCGCGUCUCUUUCUGUCAUCUGAGAAGGAGAUCAAAGCCCUGCAGGCUCCGAGCUUCGAUGAACACCUUCAAGCUGCCCUCAACUGCUACAGUUUUGCCAUUAAGGUGUACAUUGAGAUGAACCAGCCUGUGAUGGCAGCCAGCCUGUGUUUGGAACUUGGCAACGCGCUCAAGGAAAUGAACAGGCCAGGAGAAGCGAUCGUUCACUUCCAGAGGGCUGCAGAGUUACAGACGCAGACGCCUAUAGAAGCUCUGCUGUCCAUGGGAGAGAUAGCCACGUGUAAAAUCCUCACACGUGACUAUGACGGUGCUUUAUCAGUGUUCACAGAGAUGCAGCUGAUGUGUCAGGAGAGAGGACUGCAGCUUCCAGGCACCACAAGCCCUAUUGGUGCCUUUCUGGACAUUGUAGCAAAAUGUGAGAUUUCUAGAGUUCUGCUGCUGAUGUUACUUGAGCCUCCACCUCAGAAGUUACUACCAGAACAUGCCCAGACCCUGGAGAGGUAUGCCUGGGAAUCCUUUGACCCUCAUAGCCAAGUGACCUUCCUGCCUGAGAAUGUGUUCCUGCUUCUGCAGUCUAUAGUGAUGGCGUGUCAGGAAAAAGACACAGAGUCCCUCAAGUCCUUGCAGACUGAGCUGUGGCCUUUUCUGACGGCAGAGCAGAAUCAUCUGCUCCACCUUGUGGUUCUGGAGCGAAUUGCACCGUCUGGUCAAGGCAUUUAGCAUAGCCUGGCUUUUACUCACUUCCUCUGGGAACAAUACUGUGUGUAAUGGAAUAUUCCCGUUUCUGAGCGGUCUGUUCUAAGACCCAAAGAAGGGUUGUUUUCACGGUUUAGGAACUCUGGCAGAGACACUUUCAUGUUUUAUUCACUCAUUUCAACCUGGACCAAUACUUAUAUGAUUUAAAAUGAGGUUGUUUGAGGUAAAACACAGCUUCUGUUUGUUUGAAUUGACUUUAUUAGUAAAAGACAAGGCUUAGACUCCAAUGUAAAUACAAACAAAUUGUCUAAUGCAUAGUUCUGUUAAAUGGUAAAACGCAACACCUCCGCUCUUCAUCCCUGGAUCGUUUUAAGGUUCACUUGUACAAACGUACUUUACAUAAGAUAGCAGCCGACUACAGACAGAAAACAAAACAUAGCUUAAAAAAAGUACACUCAAUACAAAAUGCUACAAAAAUAUAAUUGGUUACAUUGUACAUAGACGUAGAAGGUAUAUACCAUACUUGUAAAAUAAUGAAAAAUGAUUAAAUGUUCUGUGAAGUAAGA